UUUUUUAAAUUUCUUUUGGGAACCUACAUCAAGUCUUUAGAAUUCCAUUGCUCUCUGCUGCAAGGCCAUUGAAAGUGGUGCUCCGCGCCAAAAUCCUCCCUUCUCUUGGGUGACAUUGUUCGGGUUGGACUACUGAUUUGUGCUCAGUUUUGAUGGGUUCUAAGAGAAAAUCCAAGAGCUCAAACCAUUUCAAAAAACGAAACCUAGGUUGUGAUGAUUCUGGCAUUUUCCAGCAUCUUAUCUCAGUCCUUCAAACUCCACAGGGUGUGAAGUUACCUGUGUUGAAAAGUUUGUAUUGUCUGCUUGUCUAUUUCUCCUUGAACUCAUUAGAAAGUCCAACAUAUAAACUUGAUUUUGAUGAUUUGGACAUGGAUGUUGAUCACAAUGGGUUUAAAGCAUCAUCAAAGGAUAUAGAGACCCUCUCUGGCAUAUUAUUUGAAGAAAUGUAUGAGCGGUUUGACCAUUUAUUCUCUGCUCCCCGUGAUACUUCUGUGAAUGAUCAGAGACAAGGUAUUUUACAGAAGAAUAUGUCCAAAGAUGCUGAAACUUUUUAUUUGCUGCUGAGGUGUUGUAUGGUAACCUUGACCUUGCUUGUGUCCCAACAUAAUCUUCUUUUAGAAAAAGGGAAGAUCCUUUUGGUGUUGCUCCGAAAGUUAUGUUCAAUAAACACAUUUGCAGCAGGAAAUAGGACAAAAAUUACUUUUCAAAAAUCAGUUUCUCAUGCAGUCACAUCUGAGGAUAAUGAUUGUAGAACAACCUCCACAGAGGACAUUGUUGCAUCCCUCCAUCUUGUUGAGCCAUCUGAUCCUCACACUUCUUUCUUGUGUGCAACAUUUGAGGUUUUUGUGGAUGAGCUUCUGGUACAUGGACAAUUGAGACAGUAUUUUAAGCUUAUCGAUUCUCUAGCUUCUUCUGAUGAAGUUUUAUUUACGCCUCAAUCUGGUCAGGGUGAUAUAGGAAUAGUAAUGGAAGUUUUGUCUAGGUACUUCUUAUUAUCAUGGUCUAAUGAGCUUAGGUCUGGAGAUCAUCUUAACAGAUUAUUAUUGGUAAACAAUGAAUAUUUCAAAUCUUCAUUAAAAGCUCAUGAGUUGAGUCUGUCUGCGGCCAUAUCUCUGCUUCUCAACCCGAUCAUUCUUUCUGCCCCAAAACUAAUGCAAGCACAAUUGAUUUCAAUGAUUCACGAGGCCACCUUUCUGCUAGUAGAUAUUCAAAACCUUAAGACAAAUCAUAGACCUCUCAAAUUCUUCCUCUCACUGUUUGAAAAAUCCGUAGCUUUGUACAUGAAGCACUUGUCCGUGUUGCAAAAUGCCUGUCAGUCUUCAUCUGUUAGUCAUUCUUCUACAACAGGUGUAGAAGGGAAGGGUAUUCAUCCCCUUUUUGAAUUGUGUAUAUUAGCAAGGACAAGAAAUGAGAUCAAUAAUUUAGUUUUGAAGUUUGAGGAUUCAUCACAACCUCACUUUCUUAAACUUUUUUUUGAAAUGAAAUCUGACCUGAUAAGUUCCUGUGUUAACUAUGUAAAAGAGAGUCGCUAUCUUCUAGAGAACUCCUGCCAGGAUGAGAUUAUGUCCACCUUAAGUUGCCUAAUUUUAAGAGCUUCGGACAGUUUCGAAGAGAACGCAAUAGUGGAUGCAAGUCUGGAAGAUAUUUGCCUUCUGGUUUCUACACUGAAGCUAAUGAGCUCUUCCUUGUUACAACUGGUCUGGUGCCUCAGAUGCAACUUGAAUUCUGCUUCUUCAAAAACCUUGAAAGAUUUUUCAUCCUGUGGGGAAUACAAUUCUAUCUUGGGAAUAAUUGACUGUUUUAGAGAGCUCAGCAUAUACGGUUCAGUCCAAAAUUUAUCACGCCAAAUGAUGGAAAUAGACUCUGAGAAGCAUAAAGUUUCCAAGAUGAUGUUUCUUCAUUUUUCAGGAAUGCUUUCAUUCAGUUUCUUUAAGAGGCUUGAUUGUUUAGCAAAAGGCUGCUUGUUUGCUGUUAUAACUCUGCUGAAUUUAUUCAUCUUUGAAGAAGGUAAUUUGGAUAUAUUCCAGUCACUAGUUGAUCCAACUCCAGACUCCUUUUCAUAUGGAUUAUCGGCUGUUAGAAUCCAGGAGGCUGUAGUGGACAAGAGAUCUAGUCUUGUGGUUGCAUCAAAGUUUCAGAAGGCAAGGACUCUGUGUUCAAGUUCCAGAAGGAAGGGAUAUAGCUCAGCAAUAAGCAGUUCUGAGGUUUAUAACAAAGAAGAUGUGGUAGCAAUGGAAGAGGAGAUGGAGGAAACUACCAAUGGGAAAAUAUUUCUCAAGUGCAGAUCAGAAGCUGGACAAGUCCCUGAUUUUGAUGACUUAGCUGAUUUUAUCGAGUGCAAGCAAGGAAAGGACUACCCUUUGUGGCUAAAGCAUCGCCAAGAAUAUCGAAAGUUGAAAUGUAACAAGAUAGCACUGUUAAGGUGGAAAAGGAAAAAGAAAUCUUGGAAAGUCAUGAAAAGGAAUAAACCUUGAACUAACUUGAAGAGUUUUCCUUGGAAAGGAAACUGGCGAGUUGAGCUUCAUUGUGUGAUCUGGACAUAUGUUAGGAUAUCUCCAACUGAACAAUUGCUGUAGAAUGAUGUUUUGACAAUGCUUUCCUCAGUGCAUGUAAGACAAUUGCUUAAAGAAGAUUUUUGUUUAAUGUCUGCGGUCGCGUAUAAGUAAGGUGAAAUCUGAAGACUGAUAUACUUGGAAGUUCGAUCUUAGCAAGUUAACGGAGCUUCUUUUUGUCCUAGUUAAGGCGGUGAAAUGGCUAUAGAAUCCAUGAAACAUACCGCUGCAACAUGAUUAAGCUGAUAUUACAUCUUGAUUUAGGUAUAGCAGAUUUUAGCAUGCUGAACUCUAACUAGGAUCAAGGUACUAGAUGCUUUUACAGAUAAGUCAUUCUGGUUUUGUGCUUCUCUUUUUAUGUAUAUCUAAUAUUUCAUUUUCUCUAGAGAACCCUGAAGUUCUUGUAAAGGAGUCGGGAGGUGUUUGCAGGAUUCAGCCUUCUCUGUUCUUGUCUCUUAAUGCAAAAGCAACAUUCUGAUUAAAGCUUUUAAACUGGCGACAUCAUAUGCGCAAUCAAAACGAACUUAAUAUGCAGUACUCCUGUUAUUGAUUAGAGGAACAUUGCAGGUGAGAUGUUGACAUCAUUCGACAUUCCAUCUUUAUUUGUUGUUUCAUCAGAUGAAGAAAGCCAAGGAAAUUAUGGUUUUGUAUGGCUCUUCUAAGUUGACCAUAAGAGCCUGUAUUGUAGGAUCAUGCUUGAAAGUUGGAGAAUUCUAUGAUAUUGCACCAUCAUUGGUAUUUUUGUUGAGUACAUUCCUGUUAAGUUCCUAUCAAAAUGCUUUGGAAAGUGAGGUCCAGUUGCCCUAGUCUAAUGUGUUCCCUUUUCUUUUCCUACUGAUCCUAUCAAAGUUAAGGUUAAAGAGAUGAUUAAACAUUGGAAUACUGAUCUGGUAAAUGUUUUGUAAUUGUAGGCUAAUCUGCCAAAAA